GUGCUACGCGCACAGAAGGCGGAAAGAGGAGGGUGGCGCGGGGCAUGCUGGGAGCUGUAGGUAGGGAACGGCUUCUCGGCGCCUAACAGACUGCGGCUCCCAUCGUUCCUUGCGCGGGACCCCGGGGCUGGGGCGGAGAGGGUAGCGCUGCGGCAGGGGCGAUCGAGGCGGGCGGACUCGACGCUGAGCCUCCCUCUCUACCUCCCCGUCGUGUGGCGCGCUAGAGCGGCAGCGGCUCCCCGGGGAAGGCAGCCAUCUUGUGCUGGUGGGAGCCCAGUGAGGCACCCUGCGCCCCGGCCACGAAGACAAACCGAUCAGGUGCUGCUGUUGCUGCUAUCCCAGACCUCGAGGAGACGCCCACUGACUGAACUGCUGCUCUCUACCACCCACGAGCCCGACGUCCCAGAUCAGGAGAUAGAGACCCAGCCCUUACAAGCUACUGACUCUUCCCGUCCCAUCAGGAGACAGAGAGAAAGAGACCCAUCCAGAGGUGCUGCUCCUGCUCCUCGCACCCGCCGAUAUCAGGAAAGAAAGCUACACAGAGCUGCUACAACUGCAAAGACAUGAAGAUCAAGGAUGCCAAGAAACCAUCUUUUCCAUGGUUUGGCAUGGACAUUGGGGGAACACUGGUGAAACUUGCAUAUUUCGAACCUAUUGAUAUCACUGCAGAAGAGGAGCAGGAGGAAGUUGAAAGCUUGAAGAGCAUCCGCAAAUAUUUGACUUCCAAUAUAGCCUAUGGAUCCACUGGCAUUCGAGAUGUCCACCUUGAACUGAAAGACUUGACGCUCUUCGGCCGAAGGGGAAACUUGCACUUUAUUCGAUUCCCAACUCAUGACUUGCCUACUUUUAUCCAAAUGGGAAGAAAUAAAAACUUUUCAACACUACACACGGUGCUUUGUGCCACUGGAGGCGGUGCUUAUAAGUUUGAAGAAGAUUUUCGCACAAUUGGAAACCUCCAGUUGCACAAACUGGAUGAGCUUGACUGCCUUGUCAAAGGUCUGUUGUAUAUAGACUCUGUCAGUUUCAAUGGCCAGGCAGAGUGCUAUUACUUUGAAAAUGCCUCAGAACCUGAAAGAUGCCAAAAGAUGCCUUUUAACCUGGAUGACCCAUACCCAUUAUUGGUUGUAAACAUUGGUUCAGGAGUCAGUAUUUUAGCAGUCCAUUCCAAAGACAGCUAUAAGAGAGUGACUGGAACAAGUUUAGGUGGAGGGACAUUUCUGGGUUUAUGCAGUUUAUUGACUGGCUGUGAAAGUUUUGAAGAAGCUCUUGAAAUGGCAUCCAAAGGGGACAGUACACAUGCUGAUAAGCUUGUUCGGGACAUUUAUGGAGGGGACUAUGAACGUUUUGGCUUGCCAGGAUGGGCAGUAGCCUCCAGUUUUGGGAAUAUGAUCUACAAAGAAAAGAGAGAAUCUGUUAGUAAAGAAGACCUGGCUAGAGCUACACUGGUUACAAUCACCAAUAACAUUGGGUCUAUAGCACGGAUGUGUGCGGUAAAUGAGAAGAUAAACAGAGUUGUCUUUGUUGGUAACUUUUUGCGUGUGAACACUUUGUCGAUGAAGCUUCUUGCAUAUGCACUGGAUUACUGGUCAAAAGGCCAGCUGAAGGCCUUGUUCCUAGAACAUGAGGGAUACUUUGGCGCUGUCGGUGCUCUUCUUGGAUUGCCAAAUUUCAGCUGAAGUACCAGAUGCCACUACGCUGAAUUGUUUUCCACCUGGAUGGCAUUAUUACUACAUUGUUUAAGUCAACGGGAACCAAAGGAAAAAAAGCAGCAGUUUUGCUGCAGUUGUUUUUAAAUUUAAGUGGUAAACUGCUGGAUGUUACCAUAUUAAGAAAGUGGGAUCUUGCUGUGUAAGGCAUUUUUAAUUGAAAUACCUGUGGGUUUUGCCUUAUGAUCUCCAGUGCUUGUAGCCAGUUUUGAACUUCUAAUAUGCAAUACAUCCUCUGAAAAACAAGCUUCCAAAAGAGAGAAUUCCAGCCCUUUUAAGUGUCCAUCAUGUACAAUAGUGUGGACUUAAACAUGAAGCUUUAGUGCUAAGCAAAUAUCUUUUGUAGAUAAUCUGGUGAAAAUGUUUUAUUUUGAUGAGUUUGUUUUUUGUCUCAUUAUUGCACUGUACUAAGAGCAGAAUUGUAUGUUUAAGACAAUUGACCUGAAAACACCAAAGUGCCAUCAACAGAAAGCAAAGCUAUGUAGUGUAGAAGAUUAUUUCACAAUAUAAGGACAGCAUAAAGUGUUAAAGCACUUAAUAUGUUCCAGUAAUUGCAGAAUUUUGAGGUCUAAUGGGAAAAUAUCUAAUUUUUUUUUGCAAAUAUAUUAAGUAAAAAUACAGAUAAGUUCAGCUACUGCUGCAUUUCCACAUAUCUGUACUCUUGUGAAGCUUAACAUUUGUUCAGUUCAUUUAUCGAAAGGUAGAUAUUGUAUUUUGGGAAGAUCCCUUUGGAUUAGGUUCAUGAUUCAAGGAACAGCAAGCCUUUAGAAAAGGUAUCUGACAUGCAAAAUUCCAUGACCUUACAUUCUAAAUCACAACAUUUUGAUUUCAUUCUCCUCUACUUGUGAAAGUCACCACAAAACCUGCAGAGUAUAUUUACCCAAAAGAGGCCUGGGACUAAAAUAAUAGUAUUACAGCUUGGAAUUCUGUUGCUUUGGCAUAUCUUUGUGAGGAUGCUUGUACAAAUUCCAUCCCUGCUCUACCGAUUUGAAAACAUUCAGUCCUUUAUUUCAUUAAUCGUAAACAAGAUAUUUCACUUCUAAUAAGUCAGUCUCAAAUCUAUGUUGAUGAUUUUAAUUGAUCUUGUUUGGAAUUGAAAGUUUGUUUUUGUAGCUCCAGAGUUUGUAUUGCAGAGUCAAAAGGACCAGUGUUUAGUAUACUUUGUUAAACAAUUCCCAUUAUUGCAAACUGUGGCCUUGGGAUAAACUGCAUAUUCUGAGACUAGUCUUUGUUUUGACUACAUACUAUGUUCUCAGACUAUUUUAAAUUUUACAGUAGUUGUUUUACUGUCAUAAGUGUUGCUGCAGCCAGGAGAUAAAGGCUUUAGACCAGAAAGACCAUGUCAGAAGUCAAGCCAGCUAUGUAUGUCAGUGUAUUUAGUGUACCUCAGAAGAAAUACCCAAUUUUGCAGGAAGUAAAUUAAUGUUAAGUAUUUCCUGUGGAUGCAUUAAAAGCUAUAUCUGAUUAGAAUUCAUUGAUAUGUUGGAAUUAAACAUGUUGUUUAAAUGGAUGUGACUCUAAAUCAAAUAAAUGAGUAAGUAUUCCAAAACAUUGCUAUGUUGCAUUACAGCAGCAACUUUUUAGCCACAUUACCUUUCCACAUAAUGUGCAUAGAGGGGCCUGAAAAUAGUAAGUAGAAAAUACUCUUUCUGGGGGUUUUGUUCGUUUUUGUUUGUUUUUUUUGUUUUUUUUAGUUGAACUCCAUAAAAUUUCCUAAGGUCCUGAAGUGCAGUGACUUUUAUAGGGGUGAGAUGGAGGCCAUUUCAUUCCACCCAGAGCAAUGUCAACUUCAAAUAUAGUUUGUCAUUGCUGCUGAGUACCUAAGCUAAAUUUCCAUUGUGAAGACUUUUAAAUUGAGGCUUCAGUCUGGAAAGAUAGAAUCAUUUCUAGAACUAUGCUUAUAUCAUUGAGCAAAGGCAGCAACAAUCUAUGAAGCAAGUUGGUACAGCUUGGGUAAAAUGUGCCUUUAUGAAAGUUGCUAGAGGUUUUACCAUGACUGAGUUUAUAAGCUAGUAGCUUAGUUAGUUUGCAUUAACAGCCUGUAGUAGGAAGAAGUAAUUUAGACUUGUUUCUUCUAUGAACUUUUCACAGAGAGAUUAUUUGAAAACUCAUUUUUCUGCAGGUUGUAUUAGCUUCGUACAAAGUUUCACACACCAAAUGCUUGCCUUUCCUGAGGGAUGGAGACUUAGUACUUCAGCAUCAUGUCAUGCAAUUUGGCAAGAAACACUUUAGCUAGUCCAUAUCCAUUGCCAUAGAUUACUUUUUCCAUAUACAUCCUGUACUGCUGGAGCAUAAACUGAGAGUUGCUUUUGAAGCAGUAUUUAGAAGUAGGUUGUAUAUUUUUGACCUGAAGAUAUUGAAAGUAAGUUUAGCUAAAAUCUUAUUUUUCCAGUUCCCUAGCAAGACAGUCUGAGAGAAAUGACCUUCAUAAAUUCAAGAAAUAUUAAUUUGAUGUAGCCUAUGAUAAAUUUUUGAAGUUAACAUGGACACAGGAAUAAAUUCAUAAGUAAUUUUUGAAUAGCUGUAUUGCAUAUAUGCUAUUAGUAUUCCUCAUGAGAAAUAAGAUGCAUGUCCUACCUUUAUAUAUUUCUUGCCUUCAACUUCGGAAAAAGUCUGUCUCGCCUUUUUUAGUUCCUUCAGCGUAAGUUGGUUGGUGGUUGUUCUUACCCCCCCCCCCCCCAUUCUCCCCAUUCUCCCCAGAGACUACCAGCAAAGCCUUGUAGCCCUCCUCUGCACCCCUUGAGAUCCAUCCUAAUAGAGGGGUUUUGGGUUUUUUUGCUGGAGAGUGUUCAGGCACAGUUGCUGAGGUUUAUUUGGUUAUUUUUUUCAAAAACUUACAAACACAGCCUUUUGUCAUUCGAUCCAAAGAUUGAUUGUACCUUUAGUGGAGUCACUAAGCAUGGCAAGUACAAAUGAAAGUAGCUUUAAAUUUCUUCAUCUAGACCUUUGUAUAUAGACCAGAAGAACCUUGCCAGGGCUAAAAGGCUCACUUCCUUUAGAGUGAAUCGCUGAUGUAGGUUCACUUCUUUCUUAUCUUCUAUGCUUUUACCUUCACAUUUGGCAUUUCUUUGUCUCAAUGCUACUUGGCGUUUCCUUACAGUAAAGGAACUCAGACAAGCUGUCACAUGUUAUAGCAGAUGAAGUGCAACAACUUUGUUUGCAAGCUUGUGGAUCCUCAUGGCUACUGCUGAAUUCUCAAACAGGGAACCACUUUCUUCAAGUAGAGGUUUUUCCCUUGAAAGAAAAAGGCAAAGCUCAUUCUGAAUGUAGCCGGUCUCAAAUCAAGCCAGACGAGUGCCUUUAAUUUCUCACAUGGUGCCAAUGAUGUUAGUUUUGCUGGCACUGCAAUUUGAUGUAAGAGCAUUCUUGGCGCCAGUAAUACUUUUGUCACCCCAGACUGUUUACUGUAGAUGUGGAGAAUAAUUGUAUCAGCAUUUUAGGUGGUCCGCUAGACCAGUCAAGAAGACAGUAUGAGUUUUCUGGCCUCCCAUCUUCAUGGCAAGCUAAUCUACUUUUGUUGGAGUAUUUAUGCCUACCACUUUGUCUCCCCUUCCUCCCAUUUGGAUUUGUCCGUGCAUUAUGUCAGAAUGUUGUCUCUCUGCAAUGAUGCUUGCUUUUUGCUCCACAAGUACAGGCUGUUUCUUUAUCAGACGCUUCAUUUUUAUAUGAAGAUAUCAUGGACUGGCUGGUAUGGCUAACAAAUCUCUAACCACUCCAGACACCUUUCUAGUUGUGCUUAAGGUAACCGCACUUUAAGGAACUCCUUUUUGCUACAUAGUUUGGACCUUUAAAUUUAAGACCAAAUCUACAAUACUGGCAUUACAUUUUUCUGUUAAGUUUUUUUUUUUGUGAAUCUAAUAGUAUUGCCACUUGUAUAAACAUCUUUUCUAUAAAGCAUCAUUCCAUUUAGAAUCUGGGACUGUAAAGGCUCUGAACAGAUCACUUUCCCCUUUUUCGUCAUUAAGAGUGUUUUGCUUGCAGUGACAUGCAUCCAGCAACAAAGCGCUUAUGUGGUAUUGACGCUUCAUGCAGUACUUCCUAAUGCUAUUUAAAUUUUUGGUAUUGAGAGUUAAAGGCCAGGCUGUGUUACCCAUUUUCAAGGGAUAUAUAAGAAAUGCUUAAUAAUUCUGGUUCUUCAGUAAUACUUUUGCCUGCAUAUUAGUUGUAUUGAGAGGUUCUAUUCCUAUUGCAUUCAGGUGGUUGGUAGCACACAUCUUGUAUAUACAUGUAAGGUAUUCCUUGCCUUUUUUGUGUGAGGAGAAUAAACGGCCUUUGUUAUAUUACAAUUUUUUAUAUUCUACCUGAACCAGUGUAGAUAUUUAGUAAAGCACCACAUUUUUGGAAGUAUUUUUUUUAAGAAACUGUCCCAUUCCAAAUAACUGUGGCAAUAACUUAUAUUUCCUAAUGUUUUAGGAUAGCUGUGGGAGUUUAACAUUUGAAAGUAUUUCAAGGUGCUUGCACUUAGAGCAAAGUUGUGCUUUUUAAAGACUAAUCAGUAUAUUCUUAUGUUUAUUCAUUGUAUAGUCUUUCUUUCAUGCCUUUACUGUUUUUGUAAAUAUCUCAUUUAUUAUAAAACCUCUGUAAAUGAAUUGUUGGUAUCCUAAGGAGACAGAUUAGAUUAGUUCAUAACAGAAUUGGAGAGAAGAUGGUCUUGUUACUGAUCAGUUCAAGCAAAACAGAAAUAUUGAGGUUGAACCAGUGCAGCUAAAUAGGUGUAACCCACUUUCCCCUGCAUCUAAUGUAACAUGCAGUGAAGCUGGCUAUUUCGUAUGUUCAUGUUUGCCUUAUGAAACAGAGGUUUCUCCAUCUUUCUCACAUACGUGUAUUUAGAAAACCUGCAAUGUGUAGAGUUGUUGGGUUUUGUUUGGAUUAAGGAAUUUACACACAAUACUGAGGGUCAUACUUAAGUAUUGAUAACCUAGCUGUGUAUUUUACAGUAAUAUGUUGGCAAGCAUGUUUGAUAAAUACAGUUGAAGUUACAUUUUGAGAUAAUCCUUCCCCUUCAGGCUAAGGCACAGUGGCACAGGGAAUUUUCAGCUCAUUAAGAAUAGAGUUGGUGGAUUAAUUAUCUGCAAACACUUAAACACAAACUUCCAUAAACUUGAUUAAUAUGGAGCGAAUGGCGGGGCACUAAGAUGCCUUCUCACAGUGCGGUGCAAUAAUUCCCCACUUAUAUUCCACAAAACACUUAAGUGCAUAUUACUAAACCCUUUUGAUCAGAUAUAUCUGGCUUUUCUUGUUAAUAUAUUCCAAAUAUUGUUACCAGUAUUAUAAAAUGUAAUAAUACCUUUAAAGAAGACUUGAAGAUAAAGUUUGUAACCAAGCUUGUUUUCCAAGCUGAGUUUACCUGCUUAGAUCUGACAUGUAUAGAAUACUGUAUAACUGAUUGCCAAAUCCUGCUUGUCUUAGUUGCUAAGUAGCCUGUUGGUUUAAAUGGGAGCUACUUUUAGCAGCAAUGAAACAUUUGGCCCCGAGAUUUUUUUUAAAAACAACAUGCAAAUGGGGAAAACAAUAGUGCUACUUUGCAUAUUGCUGCUGGUGCUAAAUCAUUUGAAAAAUUUAGAAUCAAAAGUUGUAAAUAGAAUUAAUAUUUAUGGCCUGGUCCUUUUGACAGAUUUGAAAUUUGUCAAAUUGCAAAGAUUUCUCACGGCCUUAUGUCAAGCUUCCUUUUUUAUAUAUUUGGAUUGAAAUUCAUUAAGGUCAAGAGCCAUUCAUGGGGCUGGCUUUCUGUAAAGCUGAUUACAUUCAAUUUGUGAAUUUUAUGACAUGGAUCACUUUUCAUUUCUAGAAUUUCAGUUUUAAAACUAGCUUUAGAUGUUAAUCUUAUACUUUCCCAGGCUUUUAUCAUUGUAGCUGUUUAGAGUAGACAAAGUUUUAGUACCAACUACUGUGGGCUCACCGUGUCCUUCUGUGUUAGCAUUUCAAAAAGUACAACCAUUACUAUUAGUAUUAAUCACUUUUGAAAAUUGUGAAUAUUUAAUUAAAGUUAAUUUUAAAGAUGUAACUUGUUAAGUAGUCCUAUCCAUAAAAUAAACUGAAAUAGGAUUUCUGAAUUGGUAAUCUGCAGUAAUAAAUUUUAAUCUGUUCAAAUUUCACAAUUCCUUCAGCAUGGAUCUUUUAGACCUUUGUAAAUACAAAGCCUUUAAGCAGUUACAUUGGUUUCAGAUUGAACAUUACAAAAGACUCAUUUAAACACAGAUUUUUGUAGGGAGUGAGGAUGUUUGGAAAAAAAAAUUAAAUUUGCAGUACCAAGAACCUGAAAAUUUGCGUUACUUUGGUGUUCAGACUGAGACGGGACAUAAGCAAAAAGUUGUCUUUUGAUAGUCAGCACCAUCUGUUUUUACAUUUGUCAUUUUAACCAUGUGUAUUUUCUCUCAAUUGCUAGGCAAUUUUCUUACCAGUUGUAGGCCUUCUAGUGACCAAAUCGUACAUUCAGAGUUUUUAGUUCCUUAGCAAAAGGGAUAGUAAAUCAAUAAACUCCAAACCCACGUGAGGAAGAUGUUCUCCAUAAGAGCCAUUUCAGUUAAGUUGCCUUAUUCUAUUAUAUUGUACUUAUGUCUGAGCUUAUGUUUACUGUUCUGACACUGAAGAUAUGAUGUAAAAAGUACAAUGUGCUGCAAAUUUGUAUUAACUUUAUUAAAUUAUACCUUUAUGUAAACUGUAGUACAUCUCUUGUAAAUUGUUUAAUUUAUUUUUUCGUUUUAUAGCUGCUCAUUAGUGAAUGUACAGAAUAGAUAUAAUGUAAUUAAGUAUUUUCAUUGUGGCCAAAUCGAUUGUGCCUACAAUGUAAUGUAAUCCAUCCCCAUCAAAACUGUAUAUAACUCCUUACUGUUUGCUUGCAUAAAUGAAGUUUGGAUUUAAUUUACUUCUUUGUACUGUAUUGCCAUAAGCCAACUUCAAUAUGAUGGACCUACUUUUUUGUAGUUUAUUUUUCUGGUUUUGUUCAGUAUGAAUGUUGAAGCAGUACUUUGUCUUACUUUUCCUAAUAAAUAACUCCAGAUUGUUC